CGCGGAGGUGGAGGCGGAGUGGACUCGGACUCCGCCCUCAGCGCGGCCUGUAAGCCAAGCAGGUGGCUUUGCUUCACUCUCUAGGCAGCACCGACGGAGAACGGCGGCACAGACGGUCGAGGCAGAAUGAGUGCAGGCUCCGAUCCCGUGGUCAUCGUCUCAGCGGCGCGGACCGCCAUAGGUUCCUUCAAUGGUGCUUUAUCUACUGUGCCUGUCCACGACCUGGGCUCAGCUGUCAUCAAAGAAGUCCUGAAAAGGGCCACACUAGCCCCCGAAGACGUGUCCGAGGUCGUAUUUGGACAUGUUUUGUCAGCAGGUUGUGGGCAGAAUCCUGUUCGACAAGCCAGUGUAGGUGCCGGAAUUCCUUACUCUGUUCCAGCAUGGAGUUGCCAAAUGAUCUGUGGAUCAGGCCUUAAAGCCGUGUGCCUUGCAGCCCAGUCAGUAAGGAUAGGUGACUCAAGUAUUGUGGUUGCAGGAGGCAUGGAAAGUAUGAGCAAGGCUCCUCACUUGGUUCACUUGAGAACAGGAGUAAAGAUUGGUGAGAUGUCACUACGUGAUAGUAUACUCUGUGAUGGUCUUACAGACGCUUUUCACAACUACCAUAUGGGUGUGACCGCUGAAAAUGUAGCCAAAAAGUGGCAAGUGAGUAGAGAAGCACAAGACAAGUUUGCUGUUUUGUCUCAGAAUAGGACAGAGAGUGCACAGAAAGCUGGCCAUUUUGACAAAGAGAUUGUACCAGUUUUUGUGUCGUCUAGAAAAGGUCUCACAGAAGUUAAAAUAGAUGAGUUUCCUCGUCAUGGGAGUAACCUUGAAGCUGUGUCCAAGCUAAAGCCUUACUUUAUCACAGAUGGGACAGGAACAGUCACUGCAGCUAAUGCUUCAGGAAUAAAUGAUGGUGCUGCAGCUGUGGUUCUUAUGAAGAAGUCAGAAGCUGAUAAUCGUGGACUUACACCUUUAGCACAGAUCAUUUCCUGGUCACAAGCAGGUGUAGACCCUUCCCUUAUGGGAACAGGACCAAUUCCAGCCAUAAAGCAAGCUGUCGCAAAAGCAGGCUGGUCUCUCGAGGAUGUUGAUGUAUUUGAAAUCAAUGAAGCCUUUGCAUCUCUCUCUGUUGCAAUAACUAAAGAACUUGGAUUAAACCCAGACAAGGUCAACAUUGAAGGAGGAGCUAUAGCUUUGGGUCAUCCUCUAGGAGCAUCUGGCUGUCGGAUUCUCGUGACACUGUUACACACACUGGAGAGAAUGGGUGGAAGGCGGGGUGUUGCAGCCCUGUGCAUUGGGGGUGGGAUGGGAAUAGCAAUGUGUGUUCAGAGAGGGUGAACCACUUAACAGUAGUCUCAAUCUAAACUUAAACCACAUUUCUUUUUAACUAAUAAAGUACAAUAUUGUAAUGUGAACUUGGAGGACCAAAGUGAAGAAAGAAACCCAUCUCCUGCUUCACAAAAACAAGCUGUCAGUGCUGUUCUUUAAUGUGUAAUAAAUACUAGGCACAAAA